UGCUGCACCUUCGGGAGCCCAGUGCAGGGUCCAGGUGCGGGUGUCAACAAACUUAGUGAUAGAAACAGGGGCACGGGGUCGUGCGGGAGUAUCAGGUUGGUCACAGUUUCAUUUUCCUGUCUUCUAGACUUUCUGAACUGUGAUUGUCACUGCAUUGUCUUCGGAGACAAUACCUGAUGCAGAUUGAUUUGUUCGGCUACUAUGCUGAAGCAGAUCUCACAUCCACGCUUCUCGGGAUGUGCAGUGUGUAGUGAUUUACCUCCGGCUGGAAUAAAUCACUCAGAUACCUGCCACCUGCGCCUUCGCUUCCACGACGAUACUACCCCCUCACCAACAACCAAUGACAAGGAUAAUGAAGAGACAAUGCUGUCGACAAUGCUCCAACCUCCACCGAUUAAGCUGCCGAGAGUCUGUUCAAACUUUGAACAUUUCGUCCAUCUCACUCAUUUCUACUGUCUCCUUCCAUUCUCAUACAUAACGGGCAGCAGUACUCCGUACAGGGUAGUACCAUGUAAAACGCUCAUAGCAGAUCAUCCACUCUCACUACCGUCACCUUCCAUUCUCGUCUUGCAGAAAUUGGCCGCGCUACGAGCGAUACAAAUCCCCGAUGAUUAUCCGGACCCUCGUCGGUCAUGAAAGAUUCCUCAGCGUUGCCUACUUGUUUUCGUCCUGCAGAACUUGGCUGCAGAGUCUUUUCAUUGACCGGAACCUAGGAGUAGUUGUCAUACGCAACGAUCCACGAUAAUUGCAGGUACCAGUAAUGGAGAUGGUGGAUUUCGGCUGUUAGGACGGGACUUGAUUGAAAGUUUAUGGAGUGGGUGUGCUGACUAUGCAGUCAUUAGUGCGCUCUAGGGCUUACGGUGACUGUAGUGCGUAUGGUGAGUUAACUGCUUCAACGGCGUAAUCUGUAGAAUGCAUUUCCCCAAGGACGUAGAGCCCUAUUCCCAUUGAUCACUGUCGACAGUUAAGGCUGUACAAUGUCUACUCGAAAACGUUGGUUUGUUUAUUUGAAGAGAAUGCAGGUUGAUUCCUCUUCAGCAGCAAGCCAAUGUCACUCAGUAGUCAAACCUAUCCAUCGUAGUCAG